AAUGAGCAAGUGAACUCUGAUCAAAACCAACCAUGUCACCCCCAAACAAAAUCCGUCCUGCUAAGAGAUUCAUCCAAUCUUCAGCUAAGUGCGCUGAUCUGGGAAAGUUAUACGGUGAAUGCAUCCUUGCCAAUUAUACUGGCAUGACCAAGGAUCGUUGUGCCAAUGAAUUCAACAAGUUUAAAGCUUGUGUUGCUAAGCAAUUGGGUAAACCAUUUUAGAUACUGAAUAAUCAUUAACAAUACGCUGUUUAUUCCAUAGGCUGAUGCACGUUUAAGAAAUAGUGAUAGAGCAACAUAUAGCUCCUUAUGUUCCGGGAUCCAAUCGGGGAAAUGCCGUGUCCGGACUACUCGGCUCCUGAUUCCAGCUAUAAAAUGUUUGUAAUAUCAUUCAAUGCAGAUGAUGAAUAUUGGGAGUUCUUGUAUAUAGACUAGAAUAGCUUUGCUUUACUCACAUAUUAUAUUUAUAGUCAUAAACGAGUGAGCGUAGUACACGCUUCAAGUUAUAUUCC